UUAGGUUACUCUCAAGUUACUCUCAAGAUAGCAAGUGACUCUCGAGUUGGAUACUCUCUAGUAAUUACUACUUAGCAGCCACUCAUUAGCAAAGACAAGAGAAAUAUCUGAUUACCUACCGUGUAGAGUCAUGAGUGGAAACGAAGGGAAUGGUCGGUUCGGCUUCAGAACCGGACCACCUCGUCCACCUCAAGGAAAUGGUGGAGGAUGGAACGGAAGAAAUGAAGGCUAAGGAGGAUCGAACACUAAUGGUAGUGGUGGCUGGAACAACGGAAAUGGAGGAUGGAAUAAUGGAAACGGAGGAGGAUCGGGGGGAUGGAAUAAUGGAAAUGGAGGAGGAUGAAAUGGUGGAAGUGACGGAAACAUUGGAGACAAUGGAAAUUGGAACAACGGAGGGGGGAAUUGGAACGGAAAUGGCGGAGGAUAAAAUAAUGGAGGAGCAGGAUAACGGAGAGACGGAGGAGGAGGAGGAGGAGGAGGAGGAGGUCCCGAUCGAGGAGGAGGAGGAGGUCCCGAUAGAGGAGGAGGAGGAGGACGAGGAGAAGGAGGUCCCGAUAGAGGAGGAGGAGGACGACGAGGAGGAGGAGGUCCCGAUAGAGGAGCAGGAGGUCCCGGUAGAGGAGGAGGAGGAGGCGGAGGUCCCGAUAGAGGAGGAGGAGGAGGAGGAGAAAGAGGGAGAGGAGGUCCCGAUAGAGGAGGAGGAGGAGGAGGAAGAGGAGGAGGAGGAGGAGGAGGAGGAGGUCCCGAUAGAGGAGGAGAAGGAGGUCUCGAUAGAGGAGGAGGAGGAGGUCCCGAUAGAGGAGGAGGAGGUCCCGGUAGAGGAGGACGAGGCAGAGGUCCCGACAGAGGAGGAGGAGGAGGAGGAAGAGGAGGAAGAGGAGGAGAAGGUUCCGAUGGAGGAGGAGGAGGCGGAGGCGGAGGAGGAGGAGGAGGAGGAGAAAGUGGUGGUGGAGGAGGAGGAGGAGGAGGAGGAGGUCCCGAUGGAGGAGGAGGAGGAGGAGGAGGUCCCGGUAGAGGAGGAGGAGGAGGCGGAGGUCCCGAUAGAGGAGGAGGAGGAGGAGGAGGAAAAGGGAAGAGGAGGCCCGGAUAGAGGACGAGGAAGAGGAGGAAGAGGAGGAGGAGGAGGAGGAGGAGGAGGUCCCGAUAGAGGAAGAGGAGCAACCGACUAAUCAGACAAACAACGAGAAUUUCGAUGGUUAAGAGUACAAGCCCUCCACUAGCUUAUAUCCCAUGUGCCUAUAAUGAAUAUUAUUUUUUGUC